UAUGUUUAUAAAUAUAAGACAAGAUAAUAUUACUGUUUGAACUUUAUAAUAUUUUUUAUUUUUGAUAAUUAAAAGUAUUAUUACUUGGAAAUAAUUUAUACAUAAUACUAUGGUAUUACAUUUAAUACCAAUCAUAUUAUAAUUAUGUAUAACAAACAUUUUGACGAUGUUUUAAGUUUCAUAAAUACGUAUAACAAAUUAAUAAACUGCCAUGUAGUUGAUUUCAUCACUGAUAACUUAUGGGAGACAUGUUUACCAGUGGCAUUAAGAUCUGAGCUGGAGAGAAAUGACAUAGACUGUACUUAUUGGACAGAAAACGACAAUUACCCUAUUUUAAAUAAUUUUGUAAAGUUAACAAAAAGUCUUUCCCUGCAGUCAUGUUCUGUAGAAAUAACUUCAGAAGAUCUUACAGAUGUACUACCAAACAUUACGAACAAUGUUGAAUAUAGAUGUAAAAAUACAAAGACAGAAUUUAUGAAUGCUAAAAAAUUCCACGAAGUUGAAUCCCUUGGCAAUAUUGUUGGGACAGUAGCAGCAUCAACUGGUAGCUUAGUAAUAGAUGCAGGUGCUGGUAAAGCAUACUUAUCAACAUUUCUAGCAGAAGAUUAUAAAGUUCCCGUCCUCGCGAUAGACUCUUCGCAAUCGUGUUGUAAGGGAGCAAUUUAUAGGCGAAUAAAAUUAAAGAAAAAGACGGAUUCUCAAAAUUUGGUUCAGUAUGUAGUCGAAGAAAUAAACGAAAAAACAGAUUAUCUAAAAAUGGUAAAACAAAAUUUUGGUAAUUGGAAUUUAGAUAAAAAUCUUAUAUUAACAGGUUUACAUACUUGUGGUUUUCUUACUCAUUCCGUUAUCGAAACAUUUUUAACCACAGAAGAUAUUCAUUUUUUAUGUAUUGUUCCUUGUUGUUACCAUUUGACGACCGAAACUUUUAACAAAAGAAUACAUUUUUCCAAGAAUGCUAGAAUGCUAGCCCAGCAAUCUAUUGAAAGAAGCACAGAAAACAAAUUUAUAUCUUCCUCGCUAUUCUACAGGGCAAUUUUACAAGUGAUUCUUCACUCUAUCGGUAUUUACAAUGCCAGAGUAGGUCGCAAGGGACCUCUGCACGAUUUUCCCAGUUACGCGCAAUGGGCAUUCUCGAGAAUUGGCGUAGAAUCGGGAAAGAUACCGUCUUUGGAGGAGUUAGAAAAUACAUAUCAAUUUUAUGCACAUUUAACUAAAAGAUUUUGUACAUUCCAAAUGUUAAGAGUACACGUGGGCCUUGUAUUGGAAGCAGCCAUUAUGCUGGAUAGGAUACUAUUUUUACAAAAGAGCAACAGAUGUUCAAAACUUGCUAUUUUACGUUUAUUUGAUCCUGUUUUGUCACCAAGACAUUAUGGUAUCAUCGCAAUAAAAUAA